AUGGCGGACGACGAUUCCCGGACCGCGACCCUGGGUCGCAAGCGCCAGCGCGAACUGCAGGAUGACCAGGCCAACGCAAGAUUCUCCACUCCGGAAAAGAAAGUGAAACUGGAUGAGGAUGACGACGACGAGAGUGACUAUUCCCCAUCGCCGGAUCUUCCCCAGCUCGAGUCUUCACGUGAGCACCCAGAUUCACCAUCUCGGCAUGAUGGGGGCUUCCCGCACAUGUCCGGUGAUGAGCAGUCUGCGGCCAAGGCCGCACAGCUCAGCACUGCCCAGGAAAAGGCCGACACUGGGAAGCCAGAGCCGCCGCCGCCUGAAGGAGAGGACUUCAUUGCCCUGCUGGCGGAUGAUGAUGACUUCGCCGAGGAGAAUGACAAUUCCCCCAACCAUUCCGGCAGCGAGGCUGGAAGCGAAGCAGGCGAGAAGGGAAAAACCAAAGAUGCGACCGUUGAAGGUAGCCAAGCUGCAGGCACGCAGUCCAGCCGCAUAUCCUUGACGAAGACACAGCGCCAGCUCAUCCGCCAAUUCGAAGAGGAACGGGCGCUUCGAAUCAUGAGGACUGGUCUCGGUACCUUCUGGACUGCGAAGAAGGGGUUCCACACCCAGGAUGCUGUGGGUGCGGUCAUCUCCAUGGCAAUCCCCCAAGUCCCAGACAAGAAAGACCCAAACAAAAUGGUGAGGGGCAUUACCAAGGAAGUGAUCCGUACCCGCGUGGUCACUGCCAUAGGCUCCAACUGUCCCAUGGGCCUUUUGGGGAUAUAUCACGACCAAAACCAAUCAUCCUGGCAGUUCAACGAGCUGGUGGUUUUCCGCACACAGGAGCAGAUGGAGGCUGUGAAGAGCUUCUUUGCAGCAACACCUUUAGAGUUCAGUCUCAAAGGUGGCAACAAGAAAGACAAAGAGAAAGAGUUCUUCGUCAUGAGCGUUCUACCCGCUAAAGAGAGCAACAAGUUGCAACUUAGCGACAACAAGAAGCUAAAUGCGAAGAGGGGUGUUACAUCGAUUCUAGCCGAGGCUCUCUCACAUUACGUGAAGCAAAGUUUGGAAUCUGGGCAAAUGAGCCCUGGUGACUAUGAAGGUUUCAGUCCUAAUGAACCUAAGAAGGUUCUUCAAAAAGCAGCGAAACAGGACAUCGGUGCUGGCAUGAUUAAGGCCGACCCCCAGGUUGCCUGGAGUCACCUGGGUAACAAACCUCAGCCGACUUCGAAGGCCGGAUCGCAGGCAACGUCAAAACCGACAAGCGUAGCCUCCACCAAACCUUCCACCCCAGCGAGCGAGGCACAGGACACUAACAAUAGCUCCGACGAAGAGGGCGAAAUCACCCCCGAACCCGUCAACGAUUCUCCUCAACUGGAAACACAACAAGACACGGAUCAGAACAGCACAGCCACCUCAGUUCCGAACGGCCAAAUGCGUACACACUUCACGCAGCUCAGCGAAUCGGAGCAGGUGCUCCAAGUGCGCUACUUUGGCGAGCCCGCAGAUGGUUUGGUGCGCUGCCUUACUUGUGCCCAGAAAGGUCACAUGAAAGAGAGCUGUCCAUCCAGAACUUGCCAGCAUUGUCAAGCCGUCGAUCAACACUUCACGAAGAACUGCCCGACCAUCGCCAAAUGCGCCAAAUGCCGCGAAAGGGGCCAUUCCAAGGAGAGCUGUCCGUCCAAGCUAGCGCGCUCAUCGGCGGACGGCUUCUCCUGCGACCUGUGUAACGAGAAGGGCCACCCGGAGGAGGAAUGCGCCCAUCUCUGGUCUUCGUUCGACCCGGACAAGAUCCCCAACCUCAACAAGGUGGCAAGAAUGACGGUCUCGUGCUACCAGUGCGGAUCGCAGCAGCACUGGGGCGACGAUUGCCCGAUGCGGCCGCGGAAAGUUACCGUCAAAAGUAACCUCUUCUCGGCCAAGGAGGCCAACAAGUACCUCAUCGAUCCACAGGCCGCCGCCGAGGAGCUCCGCCGGAACGGACCCGGCGAUCAAGGCAUGUCGAUCAGAGGCCGCGCGCAGGGCGGCCAGGGCCAGCACACGUACUUCUCCUCGACCGACGACGAGGGCGACAUCGACAACUUCUACCGCAACAAGCGUGGCGGCAACAACAACAACAACAAUAACAAUCACAACAGCGGCCCCGGCGCGCCUUCGCGCGGCAACAUCCGCAUCAACACCGGCGCCGGCUUCCGCGGCGGCCGCUUCUCGCAGAAGAACGAUCGGGGCCACAAUAGCAGCGGCGGCGGCGGCGGCUACGAUAGCUAUCGCCAGAACGGCGGCAACCAGUUCGAGCCCAUCUCAUCCGGCUGGCAGCCGCCUCUUCCCAACGAGCCCCCGCCACCGCUCCCGCCGCUGCCUCGCGGUGGCAACGGAGGUGGUCGUGGACGGGGCGGCGGCCGUGGCGGACGCGGGGGCGUGAACCAGAUGCCGUUGCCCCCGAGACCCCAGCCUCCGUCCGGCCCCUCCAGGAAGCCUUGGAGGGGCAGGGGCGGGAAGAAGUGA